CUCUGCCCAGAUUUGCUUAUGUCACUGUCGCCCCGGGCCGGGGAAGGGGGAGCUGAGGGCAAGUCGCGCCCGCCCCUGAAAUCCCAGCCGCCUAGCGAUUGGCUGCAAGGGCCCCGGCUUGGCCGCGGAUUGGUCACACCCGAGGGCUUGAAAGGUGGCUGGGAGCGCCGGACACCUCAGACGGACGGUGGCCAGGGAUCAGGCAGCGACUCAGGCGCCCCUGAGUGUGCCCCCAGCCCGCCAUGGCCCGGCUGCUGCAGGCGUCCUGCCUGCUCUCCCUGCUCCUGGCCGGCUUCCUCCCGCAGAGCCGGGGACAAGAUAAGUCGAAGAUGGACUGCCAUGGUGGCGUGAGCGGCACCAUUUACGAGUACGGAGCCCUCACCAUUGAUGGGGAGGAGUACAUCCCCUUCAAGCAGUACAUUGGCAAAUACGUCCUCUUUGUCAACGUGGCCAGCUACUGAGGCCUGACGGGCCAAUACAUUGAACUGAAUGCACUACAAGAAGAGCUUGCACCAUUUGGUCUGGUCCUUCUCGGCUUUCCCUGCAACCAAUUUGGAAAACAGGAACCAGGCGAGAACUCAGAGAUCCUUCCCAGCCUCAAGUAUGUCCGACCAGGUGGAGGCUUUGUCCCUAAUUUCCAGCUCUUUGAGAAAGGGGAUGUGAAUGGAGAGAAAGAGCAGAAAUUCUACACUUUCCUAAAGAACUCCUGUCCUCCCACCUCGGAGCUCCUGGGUACAUCUGACCGCCUCUUCUGGGAACCCAUGAAGGUCCACGACAUCCGCUGGAACUUUGAGAAAUUCCUGGUGGGGCCAGAUGGUAUACCUGUCAUGCGCUGGCACCACCGGACCACGAUCAGCAACGUCAAGAUGGACAUCCUGUCCUACAUGAGGCGGCAGGCAGCCCUGGGGGUCAAGAGGAAGUAACUGAAGGCUGUCUCAUCCCAUGUCCACCAUGUAGGGGAGGGACUUUGUUCAGGAAGGAAUCCGUGUCUCCAACCACACUAUCUACCCACCACAGACCCCUUUCCUAUCACUCAAGGCCCCAGCCUGGCACAAAUGGAUGCAUACAGUUCUGUGUCUGUACUGCCAGGCAUGUGAGUGUGGGUGCAUGUGGGUGUUUACACACAGGCCUACAGGUGUGCGUGACUGUGUGUAUGGGUGUACAGCCACGUGUCUACCUAUGUGUCUUUCUGGGAAUGUGUGCCAUCUGUGUGCCUGCAGCUGUGUAAUGCUGGAGAAUAACCACCUUUCUCUCCAGUUCUCCAUUCCAAUGAUGAUAGUUCACUUACACCUAAACCCAAAGGAAAAACCAGCUCGAGGUCCAAUUGUUCUGCUGUAAUCGAUACCUCAACCUUGGGGCCAGCAUCUCCCACUGCCUCCAAAUAUUAGUAACUACCACUGACGUCCCCAGAAGUUUCUGGGUCUACCACACUGCCCAAUCCCCAACUCCUCCUUCCUGAAGGGCCCUCCCAAGGCUACAUCCCCAGCCCACAGUUCUCCCUGAGAGAGAUCAACCUCCCUGAGAUCAGCCAAGACAGAUGUGAGAGCAAGGGCCACGUACCCCAUGUCAGGGGUGGCGUCUUCAUGAGGGAGGGGCCCAAAGCCCUUGUGGGCGGACCUCCCCUGAGCCUGUCUGAGGGGCCAGCUCUUAGUGCAUUCAGGCUAAGGCCCCUGGGCAGGGAUGCCACCCCUGCUGCUUCAGAGGAUGUGCCCUCUCCCCUCACUGGUCCAUUGGCAUGAGACUCACCCCCUGUCUGCCCAGUAAAAGCCUUUCUGCAGCAGCUGA